AUGGCGAGGUUUGUCGCGUACUUCACCCUCCUCACCUCUGCAGGUCAUGCAGGUCUGCUGAGAAGGAGACAAGCGUGUCGGCAUGUGUGUGAUGCCUCUCGGUGCCCGGUGCCGCUCCAGGCCUGCUACUACGGCCAGGUGAUGGACGGCUGCGGCUGCUGCGCGCUGUGCGCCCCCGGUGAGGGUGAAGGGUGCUGGCAGCGGAGCGGAGGCGGCCUGACCUGCGGUGACGAGCUGCGGUGCGACUCUGUGCCGGGGACGGGGACCGGCGAGGGGCCCCGCAGCUCCUGCGUGUGCGGCUCCUCCGGGCCGGUGUGCGGCAGCGACGGCAGGACGUACCCCAGCAUCUGCCGCCUGAGAGCGGAGAUCAGGAGAGCCGAGUUCGACGAGACCCCUCCGGUCAUGUUGAUCAGGAGGGGUCGGUGUGAUUCAGGAAUGCAACAUCCAGGAAGUCUGCGCUACAAGUUCAACUUCAUCGCAGAUGUAGUCGAUAAGAUUGUCCCCGCUGUGGUGCAUCUGGAGCUUUUCCAAAGAGUGCCAUUUUCUGGCCAGGAGGUCUCUGUGUCGAGUGCCUCUGGGUUCGUGGUGUCAGAGGAUGGCUGGAUCAUCACCAAUGCUCACGUGCUCACCAACAAGCAGAGGAUAAAAGUCCAGCUGAAAAGCGGUGUGCAGUACAACGCCACAGUGAAAGACAUGGACCAGAAGAUGGACAUCGCACUUAUCAAAAUUGAACCAGAUAUGCCCCUGCCUGUGCUGCAUCUCGGCCAGUCCUCAGACCUGCGUCCUGGCGAGUUUGUGGUGGCGGUGGGAAGCCCCUUCUCCCUGCAGAACACCGUCACCACCGGCAUUGUUAGCACUGUCCAGCGCACCGGCCUGGAGCUGGGCUUCAAGGACUCCGACAUGGAGUACAUCCAAACUGACGCCAUGAUUAAUUACGGCAACUCUGGCGGACCACUUGUCAACUUGGACGGAGAUGUAAUCGGCAUCAACACUCUGAAAGUGACAGCAGGAAUCGCUUUUGCCGUCCCUGUGGACAAAAUAUGCCAGUUCCUCUUUGAAUCCCACAACAGACGGGUCAACGGAUACACGGUGCAAAAGAAGAAAUACAUCGGCGUCCGGAUGCUGCAGCUCUCGCCAUCUUUGAUCCAAGAUCUCAAGGAGCGUGAAGACCAAUUUCCAGAUGUGAGCUCGGGAGUUUAUGUUUAUGAGGUGAUACCUGGAACAGCUGCAUCCAGCGCUGGCAUGAUCAACCACGACGUCAUCAUCGGCAUCAACGGGCAGCCUGUUCGCACCAUGCAGGAAGUGAGCGAAGCCGUCCAGAGCAGCGCCGUGCUCUCAGUGGUGGUGAGGCGAAAGGAUGGCGAUGUAACACUGACUGUCGUUCCCGGGGAGGCGGACUGGUUUCAGUGACUAAAUAUCAAACACAAAGAAUGAAUGUACCCCAACAUACUGCACUGUACAGUACUGAGUGGUAAAACAGCUGUGGGUGAUGUGCACUGUAUUUCUUGGUCUGUUUUGUGGUUACAAGGGUGACGUAACUGGAGCUCAAAAGAGAAGUUCAACGGCCCAAGGUGUAAACAGUGUGUGUCCACUUUCUGCUAAUGUCAUUGUAGAAAAUCCAAGGGCAGACACAAAGUUGUCCUCAAUGAACUGGAGGUGAAUGGCUAAAAUUGUGAUUUACACCUGCUUCUCGAAAAAAAGACAAAUAUAAUAAUUGUUAUAUACAGUAUCAGAUUAGAAAUGAAAAAAUGUUAUGUUUGUGACAGGACACCCUCCCUCGAUGGCACUCGGAGUUUAGUCAAGGUGAAAUUGUGAAGUUGAAAAUGACCAUCUAAAAGAAGACACAGGGCAUUGCUCUUGCUGAUAUUGUAAUGCUUAGUGCUUGAUUGAUGGGUAUGAUUGAUGGUUAAAAGCGAAAUGGUCAAUGCCAUUAAGUGUUAAAAAAAAAUACUUAAAAAAUACUUAAAAAAAAGAUAUUUCACUAUGAAAGAAAAGGUGCAAAUCUAAUAUUGUGUUACUGCAUCUGUUGUUUGGGCACCUUAUAUCAAAGACAUAAAGUUAAUUUCCAUAAUUCAUUUUUUUUACCCAAUAAAUGGGGCUAAAGCUCCAUAGGCCAUUCACUCAUUCUGCUUCACUAGCGCCCCCUACAUAACCAAGAAGUAGUGUGGAAGUGGAAGUUCUCCCUAUGUUAGAAAUUCUCUGGUGUGAAGACAUUUUGUCAAUUUCGCUUUAUUUAUAGGCAAGGGCUUUUCUGUAUAGCCGCCAUUUUCAGCAAAUGUUGGGCAAUCACAGACGAAGAUAUCAUCACACAUAAUUAUACAAAUUUCUACUUCGGUGGCCCGGGGCAAGAUGAUACAUCACUUUCUGCCCAACAAAAGCAACUAAGCAACAACAAUAACACAACACCAGUGAUCACAAACCACUGUAUUUGACUGACAUGUAAAUGCCCAUACUCUUUUUUUAUGGAGGAAAUUAGGAAAAUGAAUUACGGAAAUGAAGCCAAAGAAGGGAGGUGUGUUCACUUGUUGCAGAAAUGAGCUUUGGUCACAAAAUAAUUGCAGGGAUGUUCUGUACUUCACAAACCGGUGGUUAAAGGCUUGUUUGACUCAAAUUGAUUCUUGUUUAUGUUUUAUUAUCUCUGGUUUUUAGAGAUCCAUCUCUGCCUCCACCCUAAUGCAACAGAGAUGAAUGAGUUCCAUGUGUGCUGCUCACACCGUUGAAAAAACAGAUUCCUGCACCAACUCGUACGUCCAGAGACAAUUUACCGACAACUCAGAAGUAUUAGUAUCACUCAACUGUGAAGUAUUAUAUAAGCUGUUUAAUGCUUGUCCUGUGGAUUAUCCAUUUAAACUCGAGUUUACAGGGCAAAACAAUGGCAACAAAGUUGUCAGUACUUCAAAUCAGAUUCACCAAAUUCUCUGAUAAAUCCCAACCUGUUUAUAAAUGAUAUAAUAUAUAUAAUAAUAUAAUAUAAAAUCUAUAAAUUAAGUUCUAGAGUGAUGUGUUUAUCACCAUAAAGUCCCUGCUCGAUGGAGGAGGAAGGAGAGCACGUUCAGGACAACAGAAGGUCAUAUGACAGAGACCUGCACAAAGAUCCUGAGACUGUGACGAGAGUGGGAGGUUUUUUCCCCCAUUAACAACUAAUGUGUAUUUGCUUUAUCAAAAUAUAAUAAAAAUCUAAGGACCCCCAGUUCAA